AUGGGAUCAUGUGCAUCAAUGAAAUUAAAAAAAAUAGAUGGAAAUAUUUAAAUUGCAGCUUAUAAGUAAAAAAUAUAAUAUAAUUUAAGAGUUUGUAUAACAGCUUUCAUAUGGAAUAAAGAAAGUCAUAACUUAUUCGAUUUUGAGAGUAAUCAAGCAUGUAGAAAAGAGUUAGAACUAGAUUUUUCAGGUAACUUUAUUCAAUAUUGAUUAGCAACACUUUCAAUGGUUGAUAAUUAAAUUCUAGCAUUAAGUGAAAACGUAAAUUUAUUAUCACUAUUAUAAAGGAAUAUGUUAAAAAACAGGUUUAGCUGCUUAGAGUUGAUUGUGAAUAAGAUUAUGUUACUCUAUCAGGUAUGAGCUAGAAAUCAGAUUAGAGAGUAUGGGCUAUAUUAUGCAGAAGACCAGAAUUUGAGUCAUUGAAUGUAUAAAUAUAAAUGUAAACAAAAGGAAUGGGAACUAUAAAGAGGAGACAUAAUUAAAUUAGGAAGAAUGAAAUUACAAUUACUUGAUUUUAAUUAUGAUUUAGAUGCAUUAUAAUAAUAAAGAGACCAAAGUGAUAUCAAUGAUGAAGAAAUAUAAUCUUAAGAUUUAGAUCCAGAUGGUUGUUAAUGUAGAAUUUGUUUUUAAAAAAGUGCAACAAUAUCAAAUCCUCUAUUUAGUCCAUGCAAAUGUAAAUUAAUUCAAUUUAAAUUUCAGGUAUUGGUUCCAUGAAAUAUGUCCAUCUACAUUGUUUAUAAGUUUGGAUAUAAUAAUCAAUUAAAGUUAAAAAUCAGUAAUCUUCUACUUAAUACAUUUGGAAGAAAAUGGAAUGUGAAAUUUGUAAGAUGCCAUUAAAAAGCACUUAUACAUAUCAAACAUAAAUCUUUUGUAUUAUGUAAAUUUAGAAGCCUGUUGUUCCUUAUAUGAUUUGGAAAAUUACUUCGGAUGACAAAUCUAAGGAAGGAAUCAUUUAGGUUAUGGAACUUUAAGAUAAAGCAGAAAUUAAAAUUGGGAGAAUACCUGACUGUGAUAUUAAACUAAAAGAUAUAUCAGUAUCAAGAAGUCAUGCUUUAAUAAAAGUUAUUAAAUAAGAAGAUAAUUAAUUGAAACUUAUUUUAUAAGACAAUAAUUCUAAAUUUGGAACUCUUCUAUAUGCCUAGUCUAAUAAAUUACUCAAGUAUAAUAUACCAUCAUUGCAAAAAGUGCUUUACUAAAUUGGAAGAGUCUUACUAUACAUUCAAUUUAAGGAUAAAGGCAAAUCUUAUAAUAAAUAGUAAAUUUCAAUUUUCUAAAUUUAGAUUCACUUGUUAUAAACAUCCUGAUAAAAUUGUAGUCUAAACAAAAAUAAAUCAAAAUGAAUAAGCCACAAUUAUACCAAAUGUUGAAAAAGAUAAAGAUAAUCAAUAAUCAUUUUAAACUAAUAAUGAAUUACAUUAAGAAGAUAUAGUAAUUAAUGUAAAAUAAAUAUGA